AUGGCUUCAUCCCCUCACCCGCCGCCUAAAUACGUCAGGUCCGAUCCCACCGCAACUUGCCUGAAGGAUUCACCUCGGCCCACCAUACGCUUUGCGGAACUCGCCGGUGGGAAGACUGCGGAGUGCGCCGCAAUCUGUUGCUGCUGUCCCUUCGGUCUGAUCGGCCUCAUCAUCUUCGCCGUCGUGCGGCUGCCGGCGGGACUCUGCCACCGAGCUCUCCGGAAGCGGAUCCUCCUCUGGCGCUCUAAGAAGAAGGCGAAACUGCUUAGUUUUAGGUCUAGCUCUGGAUGGAACUCCGAGUCCAGUUCCGGAUCUGGAUCUGAUAACGGAAGCAGCGGGUCGUCCGACAAGAUCGGAUCUGCCAUGGAUGAGGAGCUUGUUGAUUUUACCCGCUUACGCAGCUCCUUCGUGGUGGUGGAAGGCGAUUCGUGGCCGGUGAGGUCGCCGUCGGCGGAGCUUAUUCAACUGGAGAAGGAUGUGUGGUCGAAAGUUUGCAGUAGCGGAUUCUGGAGAAGCCCAUCACAGCGGGAAGAACUCCUAACGGCGCAAGAGACGGAGUCUUAA